GACAAAAGGGUUUUUCUUUUUUUUAGUUGUGGUUUACGAGGCACACAGACAGCCACUGACUGCAGCGUCCAGACUCCAGCAGACGAGGAGGUAGAACUGUAGCACAGAACAACCCUGUGGAGAGCCUGUCUGUCAGCUCCAAGCAUAGACGACUGGUAAGACACUGACAGCAGAGAACUGCCUGUUGCACCAGCUCAGUGACUACUUGAAUUAAAGUCGGGGUUGCAGCUGGUUAGUUUGACAUUAAACAUGUCAGUUUAACAUCAAUACACCAUGCAAAAAGCUUUUUUUUUACUCUGCUGAGGAACCAGGAAAUAUUGUGAGCUUUAACUUACAAUAUGUUAGACGGUGGGUUACAUCUUCCAUGGAAAGAUUGCACUUAAUUAUCCUUUACAUCUAAAGUGAGCAACAUGUGCACUAGCAGUUUAAAUUAUAGUAGUGUUAGGGCUAUUUGUGUUGUUUCUGCAAUCAAUUCAUUCUCGUCACAAAGUCAUGCAGGAUAAAGAAAUUAGAGGGCUUGAGGCCAAUUCAAGCUCUUGCACUGUACCACCUCGAGACCCCAAGGGCCAAACUGCACAAAGUGUGUCUCAUUCUCAUUGAGGAGGUACCGUACACACUUUCUUCUUUGUAUCUUUGUUGCCGUCGUUGUGUCCACUAAUUUAAAAAUGCACUCAUUUGGCUCUGAUGCAGAUCAGAUUAAUCUAGAGGGGGAAAGUGGGAUAUUUGUCUCCAAAAUGUAGUGGAGUGUAAGUAGAAACUAGAAAAUGGAAAUACUCAAGUACAAGUAGCUAGAAAUUUUACUUAAAUGCAGUACUUGAGUAAAUGUACUAAGUCACCCUUGUUCACUGGUAGAUAACAUAGUGUGAGAGAACAAUUGCAGACAUUCUACCCAAAUAAUUUGACUUUCUUACACACAUAGAGAGCCAAAGUCAUACCCCAUUAAACCUUAUUUCAGAAAGACUUAUGCUAGUGAAUGGAGAGAGACAAAUCAUUUUUUGAUCUCACUUGAAUUAUGUUUGUCAGUUAAAAAGAUAAUUUUCCAAGUCAUGAAAGUCACAGUUGUGUUACACAGUGUCAUUAUUUAAGUUAAACACCAUUUAGCACUGUAAGAAACCGCUCAGUGAACUGCAUCGUCUUAACACGGCUCAGCACACAUCAAGCAACACCAAUAUGGCUGCCACCUCCGCACAGAAGAAGUACUAAGAUGAAAAUCACAGCACAUCUGGUAAAAUUGACAACUGCAGUUGUGAAAGGAGAGUUGGUCAGUUCGGUGGGCUGCUAACACACAGGACCAGCUCUACAAUGUUGAAGUCACGGGUUUGGUGACCGUUGGACAAGACAACAUCACUAACACGACUGUUAAGUAUUGUACAUCAUCAACUUCAUGACAAACUGCUGCGUUUUCAAGAUGACAAAUUAUCUUUUAAAUUGACAAACAUAGUUGCUGUUAUUACUCACCUCCACCCCUGGAAUCAGCUCUUUUAUUCUGAAGGAUUUGGUCAGGAAGUCUUGUUGGUGUUACUUCCGGUGGGCACGAGCAAUUAAAUGGUAAAAUAACAGUCAAUUUGUUUGGAUGAAAUUUAAGUUUUGCUAAUACGGCGAAAGAAGGACUUUUUUUUCCUUUUCAGUUAUAACAACUUGUAUAGUUUUCAUCUUUCCCAAAGCCAGGUAUCAAGGACAUCACAUUCUGGUGGCAUCUUGUCUACAUGCGGAGAUGAGAUGGUCCAAAGUGAUUCCUCAGGGAAGAAUAGAGCGCAAGUCAGCCGAGCAGGAGCUUGACGAGGAGCAGGAGCCGCCGUCGCCCAGGACUGCCUCUUAAUUGCGCGUAAUCUUCCGUUUCAUUCAUCAGAGCGAAAGGAGAAGACUUUGUAAAUAAAAGACGAGGGAGCGACGGAGGGCGAAGCGCGUUUUCAUCUCCCUGGUUUUUCUCCCUCUCUGUCACCGUGGACUGUUUGUUGCAGAAACUGACAUUUCGCUUGUGUUCCUGUCAGCUUGCACCUUGAUCCGGGGGGACCGUCGCCAACUCGGUGCAGGCUCUCAUCCUGCGCUUCCCCUUUCAUCGCUCUCACGUUGUUCAUCUUCACAGCCCGCCGCUUUCACCCCCUCCGCUAUUUUUCUUCUUUUUUUUUCUCUCUCUCUUCUUUUUCUCGCGGAGUCGCUGACAUGAGGUGUAGCUAACCCUGGAUGCUGACAGCUCCCCUUUUUCCUUCCACAUGUCGCAUCUUUUGUUUACUUUGAGAAACACGCGCGCAACUAAACGCCAAGUGAAAUAGACCACGCCACUUUUUGCUCCUCUGACAGCGCGAUCAAAUAGACGCAAGAGGAGGGGAGGCAGGGAGGAGAAAGAAGAAGAAGAAGAAAAAAAAAGGAGGGAGCCAAGGAGAGGAGGAGAGAGAGAGAGAGAGAGAGAGAGAUAGCGACGGCGUGAAGGUGCGUUUUGAUGUUUGGCAUCCACGAGAGCAUCCAGAGGAGUGGGAGUAGUAUGAAAGAAGAGCCCAUGGUGGCCGGGAUGAACGCGGUUCGGACAUGGAUGCAGGGCGCCGGAGUGCUGGACGCCAACACAGCCGCCCAGAGCGGAGUGGGUCUUGCUCGGGCACACUUCGAGAAGCAGCCGCCCUCCAACCUGCGCAAGUCCAACUUCUUCCACUUCGUGCUGGCGUUGUACGACAGACAGGGUCAGCCGGUGGAAAUAGAGAGAACCACCUUCGUUGACUUUGUAGAGAAGGAAAAGGAAACGACGGGGGAAAAGACCAACAAUGGGAUCCAUUAUAGACUCCAGCUCCUCUACAGUAACGGGAUCAGGACAGAGCAGGACUUAUAUGUUCGACUCAUUGACUCCAUGACUAAACAGGCGAUUGUCUAUGAGGGCCAGGAUAAAAACCCAGAGAUGUGUCGGGUCCUGUUGACCCACGAGAUCAUGUGCAGUCGAUGCUGUGAUAAGAAGAGCUGUGGCAACAGGAAUGAGACCCCUUCAGACCCUGUCAUCAUCGACAGGUUCUUCCUCAAGUUCUUCCUGAAGUGUAACCAGAACUGCCUGAAGAAUGCAGGGAACCCUCGAGACAUGAGGCGUUUUCAGGUGGUUGUGUCGACUACAGUGAGCGUGGAGGGUCACGUCCUGGCCGUCUCCGACAACAUGUUUGUGCACAACAACUCCAAACACGGGCGCCGAGCUCGAAGACUGGACCCAUCGGAAGGAACACCAUCCUACCUGGAACACGCCACCCCCAGCAUCAAAGCCAUCAGCCCCAGUGAAGGCUGGACCACAGGGGGUGCUACUGUCAUCAUCAUCGGGGACAACUUCUUUGACGGCCUGCAGGUCAUCUUCGGGACCAUGCUGGUCUGGAGUGAGCUGAUCACCCCCCAUGCCAUUCGUGUGCAAACUCCACCCAGACACAUCCCCGGGGUGGUGGAGGUCACGCUGUCCUACAAAUCCAAACAGUUCUGCAAAGGAACACCUGGACGCUUCAUCUACACAGCGCUGAACGAGCCAACCAUAGACUACGGCUUCCAGAGGUUACAGAAGGUCAUCCCCAGACAUCCCGGAGACCAAGAGAGAUUACCCAAGGAGGUGAUCUUAAAGAGAGCGGCAGACCUGGUGGAGGCUUUGUACGGGAUGCCUCACAAUAACCAGGAGAUGAUUCUGAAACGAGCGGCGGAUAUCGCAGAGGCCCUCUACACAACAGUGCCACGAGGGCACAACCAGCUAGCCAGCCUUGGCAGCGGCUCCGUCCACGCUGGCAUGAUGGCCGUUAACUCCUUCACGGGGUCAGAGGUGGCACAAACAGCCAAUCAGGGUUUCAGUAGGAGUACAAGCAGUGUGUCCCCUCACGGUUAUGUCCCCAGCUCCACCCCUCAGCAGAGUAGCUACAGCUCUGUCUCCAAUAGCAUGAAUGGCUACGCUAACUCUGGCAUGGCAACCUUGGGCACCUCGCCCAACUUCCUCAAUGGAUCCGCAGGCAACUCGCCCUAUGCUAUCGUCCCAUCGAGCCCCACCAUGGCCUCGUCGACCAGCCUGCCCUCCAACUGCAGCAGCUCCUCCGGCAUCUUCUCUUUCUCUCCAGCCAACAUGGUGUCCGCCGCCGUCAAGCAGAAGAGCGCCUUUGCCCCCGUCGUGCGACCCCAGAACUCCCCUCCGCCCACCUGCACCAGCGCUAAUGCUAACAGUCUGCAAGUAGAUCAGUCUUUUGUGGACUCUAGCAAGUACUCAUCAGCCAACGCUCUGCAGGGCCUGGCCUUCUCCUGAACGAUUCCCGGGAUGAUCGUUCCUCCCAUGUAGAGGAUCUGGGAUAGCUGGAGACUUGGGAAUGUUGAGAGGAAAAAAGACGCAGUAGCAGAGUCUGGCGAGUCUCUGUUACGCUCCGGAGCUGAACUGAAGGAAGUCAAGAUAAGACACAGGACUCUGUUAAACUCAGGCCUUUCCAUCGGGAUUUCAUCUGAAGGGAUAGGGGAGGAGGAGGAAAAAAAAAAACAACACAAACCUUUGUGACGUUAUUUCCCUCUUGGUUGAAUUAGUGUAGCUUCUCUGACACCGCGUUGGAUGGAGUGUAUAGAGACUGAUAGUUUACCCAGAGUGUGACACUGACCUCAUGAAAAGAGCAUUUAUUUAUCUUUAUGUUUAUGCCUGUAAGGGUUUGGGUUUGAUUACUGGAGGGCCCCCACGCCGUCUCUGCAAUGCGUAGCUCGCACAAACAACAGUCAAGUGUUGGUUUGGCCAUGAAGUUUACAUAACCUCUGUCACAAUAGAAGAUGCUUUCCCUAGCUCAGCCUCGCUUGCAAAAAAACCACAUAAAAACACACUGGCCAAAUGGGACGAAGGUCAACGACACAAAGAAACAAAGAAAUACAGAAAAAGAACAAAAUCAACCCUCAAUUCUGCUGCUAAUUCUCCCGUAAAUCUAGAAGUGGUCUCACGAAAUCGCCCUCUGCUAGUUCAACAUCAGAAAACAUGCCUUUUUUUUUCUUUUGUCUUUUUUUUGGGGUUUGUUUGUUUGACUUUUUAAUAAAACUGUGAGGAUUGAGCUGUUUGCAAUAUGCUUUUCUGCUUGUCAUGUGAAGAAAAAAGGUGAUGAUUUUAGCCAAUUUUUUUUUUUGUUGUUGUUGUUGUUGUUGUCGGAGAUUUGAGCGAAGACUUGAAAAGCCAGAGGAUGUGUGCGUCCAGCCAGCACUGUACUGAAGGAGUCUAGCAAAUAUCAAAUUAGAAGAAUCAAAAGCGUGAUAUAUGUGAUAUAUUUUUGUAUAUAUAAAAAAAAUGUUUUUCAUUUGAGGUUUCUUUUUUUGUUUUUCUUUUUUGCGAUAGCUCUAGUUUGAAAUGUAAACAUUAAAUGUCUUAAGGCAGCUUCUCAGUACAGAAGAUAGAUUUACUGUGUCUGUUGUCAAUAUCUCAUCAGCUAAACAUGAGAAACAUGGAUUUGGAUACAAAAAGGGGAUUCCUGUAAAAUAUCCUAUAAAUAAUGUAUUUAUCCCUUGUAUUUGUACAUUGCCUCUCACCCUCGUUUAGUUGUGUUGUGUAAGUUUAAUACAGUAAGUGAACAUAUUUCACGGUGUUUCGUUUCAUUAUUUACUGUCGUCUCUCACUAUUUAAAUGUCACUUUUUUAUCUCUUUUGUUUGUUUGUUUGUUUGUUUUGUACGUUGAUUGUUUGUUUGUUUUUUUGCACCGGUAUACCGUGCUUUCAUUUGUUGAUUUCAAAAACAUGCCAUUGUCUAUUUUUGUAUUAUUUGUAAGUUAAUAAAAAAAAAAUCAGUUUUUUUUUCCUUAUGAAAAUGUUUAUUGUAUGGCAAAAAAGUAGCAUCUUAUUCAGAGUAUUUGGUUGAAGUAGAUUUUUUAAGAAUAUAUACACACAUUAAUAUAUACUGUAAAUCUAUAUCUUUUUUUUUGUUUUGCGGCUUUCAGAUUGAUGCUGUCCUUGAACUGAUAAUAUGCAUGAGUUCUUCUCUUGAGUGACACUUUCUUUUUGUGUGUGUGUGUGUGUGUGUGUGCAAACCCAAGAGAACUAAGAAAUUGCUCUGUGUUUUUCUUUCUCUUUGAGUUCCUCUUUUUCUCCCCCCUCUCUGUUCUUUCUUUCUGUCUUUCUUUUCCUGUUAUUUAUGCCUGCUUACAUACUGUAUCUAUAUACUCUUUCUUUUUUUUUUUUCUGUCACUGUAAUCUUUACCAGCAGUCUAGAUGCCUUAACAAUGCAAACCCAUUCUUCAUUCAAUCACGUGUACAGUUUUCUACCCUCACCACAAUUGUCUAUUGCCACAGAGGAAUUCAUGGGAAACUUGGGGACAAAGCACAAACCCACUCUGUUUGGUGGUGAAGCCAGACGAGAAUACAAAGAGCCAUAAUUCAACAAUCACACACACCCCGAUGUACUAUAAUACUACAGCAAUGGCACGCUUUGAAGGACAGUCGACGCUGAGAGGGCCCGUCUCAGCUGUGCUCAUUGCACUUUAGUGUUCACAGAAACACUUUGUCUUCUUCUUCUUUUUUCUUUUUUCUUUUUUUUUUUGUUGUAGCGAUUAUGUAGCUUUUUUUGUUGAUUAAUGAAAUAAUUUCAACCGCAUGUUGGUAAUAUUUCUCAUUAACCACGGGAUCGCGACGGUGCGACAGCACAGAGCCGUGUUAAUUGUAGUACAGAGGGGCGCACAGUGAAGACAAGCACUGUCACAGCACAAUUUUAAUCUCGCACACAGAGUCGUAGGUCUGACUCCGGUGUCCGACAGUCGAUCCCCCCGGUCCUUCUCUCCCUGUAUCAGCCUUUGGGACAAUACAGCUUCAUUACAAGCUAAACAGAACAAGAACAAGUGAGGAAGCAUGAAAAGGGAGCUCCUUGGCCCCUCAGCCAUUUCUGUAGUCUUUUCUUUGUGUCUGCCGUGUGUCUUCAAGCUGUUGCUGGACAGAGAAUAGGGCUUUUCUCUCUGCUUUUCUUUUUCUAGAGCCUGGUUUUGUUAAGUGGGUAGAAAGGAGCGUUUUUAACAGAGGCGCCUGCUGACAGACGAGCGUUUUUCAGGCACUUGUGUGCCUGUGCUGGUCGGGGCCGGGGCGGGAGGGGCCGCACCAUAUCUGUUUCAAAUGAACUACAGAGGUCUGUUGUCAUACAAUGGCUUCUUUGUAAGCAAAGUUCCAUCCUGAUUAUGAAUAUUGGUAAUGGGUGACAAAGUUUUGUAUUUAGGUAACAAACAAACAAAAAAAAAAGAUGCAAACCAAAUAGCUGGUGUCUAUUUUUUCCUCUGUUUUGUCUUUGACUGCAAAUACACUGAACAGCUCUAUGAUAUAAGGGAAGAAAAAAAUUCUACUGUAUAGAUUGUUAUUGUUUUUGAUGAAAACUGAGCUGUAAGAUAACUUUUGGACUCUCACAAUGUUGAAUUAAAGUUACCUCUUG